AUGGCAGGUUUUCGUUGGUUGUCGUUGGCCCUUUGUGGAGCUAUCGCGACUUCCAGCAAUUUCAGCUGCCGCUGGGGUCCGACGGAAUCAGAGGCGGAAUGUGAACCGCAAUCUCUCCUCCAGUCCCGGACACAGGACUCGCAGGGCCGCAAACUUCUUUCCCCGCGCCGGUGCUCUGUUGGUGCUUCGGUGCCCUGCCCACAGGGCGGCACUGCGUGUGCAGGAAACCAAUGCUGCCCUGAUGGUACCAUCUGCCCUUCUGCAGACACCAACUUUGACGGAUGCCCGAAGCCUGAAAAAUUGCAAGACUGCGUGUCCGACACUAACUCCGGCCCCAGGAAGGAAGGCAACACAACGGCCACGAAGGUCGAAACCACAUCUAGCAAUUCGGCCGUGACUCUCGAGUGCUCAGGCGACACAUUCAUCGACUGCUGGACGUUCUUCGACUAUCCGGACCCCACUCACGGCGACGUCGUGUAUGUAUCUGAAAGUGAAGCUCUUGCCUCUGGCUUGUACUCCGUGCAAAAUGGCACUGUGUACCUCAAGAGCCAGGUGGGACAGAACCAGGCCGCGAAAAGCAUUCGGCUGCAGUCCAAGACAGUUUACCAGGCGGGUCAUGUCUGGCUGAUCGAUAUCCAGCACAUGCCAACGGGUCAGGGAACAUGGCCCGCUUGGUGGUCUGCGGGGCCCGACUGGCCCUACAAUGGGGAGAUUGAUACAGUUGAGGCCGUGAAUAUAGAGAACGUCGUGCAAUCCACACUCCACACCAGCGCCGGAUGCUUCAUGUAUAUUGACGGGAUCAGUACUCCUGAUUGCGUUUCCGGGCAAGGCCAAAGCGGAUGUGGAGUGAAUGGGCCUGAGAACAGUGCCGGGCCAGGGUUCAAUGCCAAUGGGGGUGGAGUUUAUGCCACUCAGUGGACCAACGAAGCCAUCUACAUGUGGUUCUUCCCUCGUGGCCAGAUCCCCGCAGAUUUAGAUCAAGGCAACACAUAUUCGUGGGGCCCGCCUUACGUGACCUUCCCCUUCUACAACUGCCCCUCUUGGCACUUCAACGAUCAGACACUCGUGAUCAAUCUUGCCUUUUGUGGUGACUGGGCUGGUUCGGUGUUUCCAGGUGGGAACGAAGCUUGCAUCGAGUAUGUCCGGAAUCCAGCAAAUAUCGAGGCACUCUCGGAUGCAUACUGGGCGAUUAAUUAUGUGAAGGUACUAUUCUGA